ACCCCACUUGAACGUUAUUUCUCCUUUCUCCCUAUUUUCUUUCCAUUAUUCGUGAUCUCGAUCAAAUCGAAGCAAUUUCCCGCCUUACAUUGUCUUAAACCACCUAGCCAACAGGCACCCACGUAUAAACCGGCUGACAUGUGGUGGGGGGAAAUUUCCAUGAAUGAAGGGAUCUCGCAAGGGGCCUCGUUGUCUCACAAACAUAAACGUUCCUUUUUAAGUCCACAGCAAGGACCUCCCCUAUGGAAUGCUCACGAGAAUCACACCGCUGGUCGACUCUUUUUUUCACUUGCGGGAAUCCGGGGUCAGACCUCGCUAUCUAAGGUCUCGAGGCCCAGAUCGAUGCCACCAGAUUCCCCCACGCCCAAGCCCCCAGUAUCGCCAUUCCAUAAUUCGCAGCACCAGGAAGCAGACACCCUUGUGACAGAGGUCAGCCCUAUUCUGCUGCAGAAACCAUGACGCAACAACAACAACAACAACAACAGCAACAACAACCACCGAAUGAGGCCAUUCCAGCCAGCGAUGCCGUGGAAGACGAUACUAAAGAGCCCUUCCACCUGCCGGUAUCUGCUUCAGAUACAAGUGACGAUGUAGAGGCGCAGCAGAGCGAUACACAAGGCACUACGACUUCCGGAGAAAAGCGCGGAGUGAAUCCAUCUGCAGGUUAUACUUCGGAGAAAUCCAGCGUCAUUGUCCAGGACCACCAACCAGCAUCCACACCUGAGGGGCCUCCAGAUGGCGGACUCGCAGCCUGGAUGACGGUUUUCGGUGGAUUCUGUAGCAUGUUCGUGAGUUUUGGCUGGAAUAAUUGCAUGGGGAUAUUCAUCGACUACUACCAAACUCAUCAGCUGAGCAACAUGUCUACCAGCUCCAUCACAUGGAUCACAUCGCUAAUGACAUUCAUGAUGUUCUUCGGGGGCCCCUUCAUCGGCAUCCUCUUCGACAACUACGGCCCCCGCUACAUCAUCCUCGUCGGCACCAUCCUCCACGUCCUCGGCAUAAUGAUGACCUCCAUCUCCACCGAAUACUACCAAAUCAUCCUGGCCCAAGGCAUCUGCAGCCCCAUCGGCAACAGCGCCCUCUUCCACUCCGGCGUCAACUCCAUCAGCACCUGGUUCGGCCGUCGUCGCGCCCUCGCCCUGGGCAUCGCCACCAGCGGCGCCAGUCUCGGCGGCGUCAUCCUCCCCAUCAUGCUCACUCGCCUCUUCGACCUCCUCAGCUUCGGCUGGGCCAUGCGCAUCUGCGGCUUCCUGAUCCUCUUCCUCCUCAUCAUCACAAAUCUCACCACCACCUCCCGUCUCGUCCACACCAGAAAACAAUACCAUAUCCGCGACUUCAUCCGUCCCCUCCGCGAACUCCCCUUCAUCCUCACCACCGCCGGAACUUUCUGCUUCUUCUGGGGCAUGUUCCUUCCCUUCUCGUUCAUCCCCUCCCAGGCUCAGCGCCACGGCAUGUCCCCUACCUUGGCUUCGUACUUGAUUCCGGUCCUUAAUGCAGCUAGUUUCCCAGGCCGCAUCAUCCCACCCUACCUCGCGGACGUCUUCGGACGCUUCAACCUCAUGAUCCUAAUGACAUUAGCAUCCGGGAUCCUCGUUCUCGCGCUCUGGCUUCCCUCCACCGGCAACGCCCCCGCCAUUGUCUUCAGCGCCCUGUAUGGCUUCACCUCCGGCACGGUGGUGAGUCUUGCCCCCGCGCUGGUGGCCCAGAUCUCUGAGAUCAGGGAGAUUGGUGUGCGCAGCGGGACAUAUUUCUGUAUUGUGUCGUUUGCGGCGCUCACGGGCACGCCGAUUGCGGGCGCCUUGUUGCCGGAUCCCCUGGGAGGAAGUUAUACUAAGUUGUUUGUGUUUUGUGCCGUGGUUAUGCUUGCCGGGACGGGGUUUUAUUGUGCUGCGAAGGGGAGGAUUGUCGGGUGGAGGGGGUGGUGGGGGAAGAGGGUUUGA